CGACAUCGUUACUAUAUCGUCAGAUGGGUAGGCUCGUGCAACAAACAAGGAUGUCACAAUAAAAUACGGCUAUUAUUCAGCGUUUUAUUAGUUGACUCUACAAUCAAAAAACAAACUAAAAGACACUGAGACUGAAUAACGCAAGUGAAGGUGACCAGAAUGCGAAACGUUGGGCCUAGGUGACGGACAACUCGGUGCAUAAACCAAAUCUACCUCUUUGUUUAAGAUGAUAAUGGUACAGUAAAUCUAUUUUUGAUCAUUCUGUUUCGUUUUUAAGAAGUGACAACGAACAAUCAAGAUGGCACCAGAGCCAAGUGAAAAAGAUAAGAAAGAGAAGAUGGACGAGCUUCUUCGACGCGUGGAAAACGUUGAAGAUGAAGAGGGGUUUGCCAAAUUGGAAAAUACACGUAUGAGAUAUUUAAUCGGUUAUGAGUGGGAUUUAGAAGAAGCAGAGAGCCGCUUACUCGAAACUAUUCAGUGGCGUAAAGAACGGCGACCACUUGAGGCAGACUGUAAAUACUGCGAAGAUCAGCCGGGAUUCCACGCCUGGCGUCAAGUUGGCCACGAUAAGACAGGUAGGCCUGUAAUCUACUCCUGCUUUGCACAAGCAUCAACUGUACACUACACUGCCGAAGAUAAUGUGCAGCAUCUACUUCACCUGGCGGAGAACGCUAAGAGGAGCAUGGGACCGGAUGCAUAUCGAUGGGUUUGGGUGCUCGAUUGUACAGGUAUGACACUAUCCGCUUGUAAUCCUCGCCUUGGCAACGCCGUCAACUCAGCGAUGGCUAACCACUAUCCAGAACGUCUUGGCCACGUCCUAAUUGUCAACCACAGCUGGCUAUUUGAAGGUGCAUGGAGAGCUAUUAAAAUUUUCAUUCAUAAAAACACACUAGCGAAGGCCAGACUAGCGCGAGGGGACAAGAUCGAAAAGUGUUUCGAGGAAUUCUUUGACCCAAGUUUGGUUCGAUGGUUCCUCCAAGAGCUGCGAUUAAACAAGCACAAACCAAUGCUUCCAUCACAGAAAACCUUCUGGAAACCACCAAAUGAUCCCGACUCGCACGACCCACGGGGUUGCCCCGACUACGUUAAAAAAUACCUAAACCCCUAUUAUAAAGAUGUUGUUUUGAAACAGGUAGGGAUGACGAAAGCCCAACGGCCUAAGGUUCCCCCUAAGCACGAACCACAUCCUAACUAUGUUCAAGAAAUGCGAGAACGUGCCAAACGACAACAUUCAAGAAAAUCAGACGAUGAGAACAUGAACCACGAUGAGGAUGUAUGGAUCGACUAAAUAUCUUAGGGAUGACGUAUUGACCAACCAUACGGUUAUACAAUCAUUUUGUGUACGUGGGAAAUUGACUCAACAUAAUGCUGCUCAAAUGAAGAACGAUGAAUACCAGUUUUAAUUAACAAACAACCAAUAGCAAAGAAAAAAAUCACGAACGUUAAAUUAGCUUAGAAAAAUAAUCUUCCUUAAUUUAUGUGCAAUAAUAACAAUGUCCUACUUAAAUAUACGAUGAAUUUAUAUUUGAUAUUAUAAUUGACCUUAAAUUUUUAUAAUAAAUUUUACCACUGAAGAUAGGCGUGUAAUCAUAGGUAAAGAUAAUGUUGCUAUUAAUUAUUUAAUUGAUUUGAAACCAAUCAUUGUUUGGGUGCAGCAACAACUUAAAAAUAUUUAUCAAAGGAGAGAAAAACAGUGGUACAACACUUUUACCGAAACGAGUGUUGUUUGCGCAAAAUAUGGAAGUAUAACUAGAGGGCUGGACUUCGGGAAGUGUAGGCCUAGGCCAUAAUGUACAGAGAGUGAAUGGUGGGGUGGGGUGGGUUGGAGGGAGCGGUAGAUGUUUAUUAAUUAAACGGAAAACGAUUUGUGAUGUAAACAAUGCAAACAUUUGGUGGUUAAUAAAUUUUAAUAAUUUAGAUUAGAUGAUUUAUUAGAAUAUUUACAAACAAUUUAAAGAUUUUGUAUGUGCAUUUGUAACAAAUAAAUAGAUCAAAGUAUAUGCAAAAA